AUGCUCACCUGUCCCCCCACCCUCUAUAUCCGCCGGCCAUCCCCAACAACAAUCGAAUACACCGUCAGCACCCGCCCACCUCUGGCCCUCCCCCUCCGCAUUCUCCUAAUCCUCACACACAUCAUCCGAGUGGUCCUUGCCCUCGCGAUUCUCCUCCUCCUAUAUACCUAUUACCUAACUCUUCUCCCUCCCCCGAGCAUCCUCUCCUCUCUCACCAUCCCUCCGUCUAUCCUCCUCCUCCAAGCUCUCACCACUCUCCUCUCACCUCUACUCCUCGUUCCUAUUUCCCUCGCCCUCCUCCUCUUCCUCACCCUGCGCCCUCACACCUCCGAGUCCCUACUAAUCCUCCGCCAUCUCGGUCUCCAAAUCUCAAGUUCUCCGAAAACAUACCUGAGUACUACGAAAACGAGAUUCAUCCCGAGUCAAAAGAUUCAAGAUAUCUACAUCAACGAAGUAUUUUCGAAUUUUGAGGUGCGCUAUGUGUUAGUGGUUGUUGUGGAGGGAGAGGGCGAGUUGGUUGUUGUCUUUGAGAGGUUGUUGCCUGGGAGAGCGGUGCUGGAGAGGGUUUGGAGGGGAGGGAGAAGAGGGUUGUUUGGGGGAGAGGAGAGGGGUGGUGGGAAUGGGGAUGCGAAUGGGGGAGUUAAUGGAGGUGUUGGAGGAAAAGAGACUCUGUCAUAA